AUGAAGAAGCAACUAAAGGAUCGUCUGGCUGUGCAUCUUGCACGACCACAGGGUAGUGAUGAUGACCCAGAGGCAUUCGAGAGGUGGGCGAGAACGAUCGUGUUGGUCGAGUUCCCAUCACCACUGCUGGCGACUGGACUCGAGCUCAUAGAUGUACCAGGUUAUAGCAAGACUGAUCAUGCAUCACUCAAAGCCAUUCGCGAGGAGUUCUUCAAUGCUUACCGACCAAAUGGCGUCAUCUUUUGCUACACCAACGCCGCCUUCUCAGAUGGCGAGGUGGAGGCCAUGCCCGAGAUGAUCAGGUCUCUGCCCAAGGACUGGUGUGACAUCAAGGAGGCACUGUUCUUUGCCCAAACCAAGUCAUCCAAGGCUGUGGUGGCAAUGAACAAAGAAAUUGAUCCUUGCGAGGAGGUCCCAGAGUCAGUGAUCAACGAUCACCUGGCAGAUUGCUACUCGAAACUCAAGAGCAGUCCGGUUUUCUCAAGUCUGAGCUCAUCCAUAUCCAUUGAUGAAAGAAGAUUCGCAAACGUCAACUCUCUGCACUUCAUCAAAUACCCAGACUCGAAAGAGAACAAGUACAUCUUCAAACAGUUCAUCGACAGGCUGAUCAAGUGGAUUGUAAGAUUGUUACAGAUACAAUGGGAUCCAGUGUUUGUGUUGAUUGAGCUCGAGUGCCACACUGUUUCAGUAAAGAUCGAGUCCAUGCAGCUGCGCAUUGACCUGACAACCGAGUCUGGCUUUGAUAGCUUGAAGGAGGAAUUUGAUCAAAUGGUGGCCACAGACUUUGUCAAAAAGAUCAAUAAUUCAAUGUCCACUAUAGUUGGUGGCAUUCCAGCUAGCAUCAAGAGAGCAUUAGAGUCCCAUCCAAAGUGCAUCGAAUCAUUCCAACAAGAAAUCCUCAAGUCCAACAAGUCAGACGACGCACCUGGCAUUCUAUCCCAGACCAUGGCAUUCCUUCAUAAGAAGUCUAUUGACAAGGUUCUCACCGAGGUGGAAACGUGUGUGGAGAAGGAGAUUUCUGCCAUCAUUGGUUCAAUCAUGGAGAAUGACGAUGACUUUGAAUCAACAAUUAUGAAGAACUCUUUGGUGGCAAUGGAGAGGACAUUGAAGACAUCGCUCGCCACCCAGUUAUCCACUGCCAUAUCAAGUACCAUCAGCACAUCUGUGUUUGGUGCCGUCAUCCAGCACUUUAACAUCCCUUCUCGAUCGUUUUUUGCUCCAAAGAUUGAUCUAAAGACUCAGAUUGAGAUGUAUCCAGAUUCAAUCGACACAAUCUCAAUGAUGAAGGACAUCUCUCAGGUGGUGAGCGAGAGGUUUAGGAUAUACAAGACAUUCAUAGAGUUGCAACUCGUGCGCUUUGACCGAUUGACCAAGGAAUCAAAGAUGUUGCAAAGAGACAUUGACAUUGCCCUCACCAGUUACCAACUACUCUAUAUCAAUACCUUGGCACUGAAUAGCAGGCUACACUUUCCAUUCGACAACAUUGAACUGGAUCAAUUAUCAAGCGUUGCUGUGGCGAAUGGUGACAUUGGUCCAGUAUGGCAUUACAAGUCAAGUCUGGCAAUGAUGUAA